GAUAACAACACUACGAUAAAUUUGUUGUCAAUUCACGGGUCAAGCGGAAUCUAAUAGGCCGGUUAGGAAAAUACUAGAAUAGAAAUAUUCCCAAUAAUUUUAUCAGUACAUUGUUCUUGCUUAGCAAUCAAUUAUAAACAAAAUGUCUUUCUUGGUAAAACAGCUGGCUCGCAGAGUCUUCACUCCAGCUGUAGCAUCGGUGAAAAAAGUGAACUUUUCUACAACUAGCGCAGUGUUUGUACCAAAAGUUCAGCAGCCCGCGCCUAAUUUUGAAGCAACUGCAGUGAUCAAUGGCGAAUUCAACAAAUUGAAGCUGGCAGAUUACCAUGGAAAAUAUGUUGUUCUCAUUUUCUACCCACUUGAUUUUACCUUUGUCUGCCCAACUGAACUGAUUGCAUUCAGUGACAGGGCAAAGGAGUUUGCCAGUAUUGAUUGCCAGAUUAUUGGAGUUUCCACUGACUCCGAGUUCAGCCAUCUUGCUUGGACUAACACUCCUAGAAAGGAUGGUGGUCUCGGCAAGAUAGAAAUCCCUCUUCUUGCUGAUUACUCCAAGAAGAUUUCACAAGACUACAACAUCCUGUUAGAUGCUGGUUUCGCUCUUAGAGGUCUGUUCGUGAUUGACAGAAACGGUAUUCUUAGACAUAUGUCGGUCAACGACCUGCCUGUCGGUAGAUCUGUAGAUGAGACCCUCAGGCUUGUGAAGGCCUUCCAGUUUGCUGACAAACAUGGAGAAGUCUGCCCAGCCAAUUGGAACCCAGACACAAACGCAGCCACGAUCAAGCCUAGUCCCAAAGCUAGCAAGGAAUACUUCGAAAAAGCCAACUAAUACUUCCACACAAAUAUGAACCUUACGGCAUUUAUAUAAGUGUACCUUUUGCAUACAAUUGAACAUAGUAUUAGUAUGUCUAGAAUGAAAACGGGUUGUUUAGAUGGAAAGGUGUGCAAUGCAAUUUGAGCUUUAUUGUAAGGGAAAAUGGUGUAGAGCAG